AUGAGUGAAAAAGAUACUGUUCAUAUUCUAUCGAACACUUUAUCACGACGUUUCUUUGUUCGUAAACGAAAUAUAAUUGAUUCAAUAUCAUAUCCUUCAAUUUCGAUCGCAAAAAUUGCAGAAAAAUCAAUAAUAUCAUUAAAUCAAAAUUGUUGUGGAAACGAUGAAAAAAAAGUUCGCAUUUCAUCAGUUAAAAACAGUAACCCUCAUAUAACUAAAGACAAAAUUAUAUCUACAUCAAAUGAACUUAUUAUGGAAGUACCAAAGCAAACAAAACCUUUAAAAGUUGCAUCUAAUGAAAAACUACCAUUAUUCUAUGAAAUUAUAAGUAAUGCAUGGCCAUUAUCAAGUGAACGUGUCGAAAAUUUGACUAUUAUACCUGGUAUAGGCAAAAAAUAUGGUCAGUUAUUAGCUGAUCAUGGAUUUAUUUAUGCUAGACAGUUACUUGGAUAUUAUAUGAUGUUAAAAGAUAGUGAAAUGUUUCGUAAAUGGCUCGAAUAUAAAUUCAAUAUUCCAAGAUUUCGAGCAGCUGAAAGUAAGAAAAAAUCUAUUCAUAAUAAAUAA